UGCGUAGAAUUUUAUUCCGCACAACAUGAACAUGGAGCCAACUGACAACAUAAGCCCCGAGGAGCAGGAGAUGAUUCAGCUGGCAGAGGAUGCAGAGAGGAGUGCUGCAUUCAAGUGAUGGGGAUUCUGGGCAUUACGGGUUAAAAAAGGACGUACAGCAUCAGUUUGAAGGAGAUUAAGAAGCGUACUGAUGGGCCAGAGAAAAUGUCAGCCACAGCCCUCUGCAACUACCUGAGGCCUCCCUUCAUCCAACAUCAGAGGUAAAGUUGGUGUUUCCUCUGUCAUGCAUCCAACCGCCCUCCUGUUGCUGCUGACUGCCUAUGUGGCUCAUGGUUCACUGCUGCAAUUUGUCAGAAUGAUCAAGUGCACCCAGCCUGAAGUCAACCCCUUCAUGUAUAAUAACUACGGCUGUUGGUGUGGCUUGGGGGGGACUGGAAAUCCAAGGGAUGCGCUGGAUGGGUGUUGUGAGGUCCACGACCACUGCUAUCAAGCGAGCAGGCAUCUUCCAGAUUGCCGUCCCGUCAUUGAUUAUCCUUACAUCAAUCUGUAUAGAUUCUCUUGCACUAAUGGGCAGGUCUCCUGUUCAGCCUCCAGCCACGUGUGCCAGGUCUCAGUGUGUGAGUGUGAUCGUGUCGCCACAAACUGCUUCGCCCAGUCGACCUACAACCCUAAGAACAAGAACCUGGACCCCAAAGUCCACUGUCUCUCCUGAGCCAAGUCAAAUCUGGAAGCAGCACCAACAUCUGAAACUAAAUAUGUAAACACAACUGUAGAUUCACAGAAUGUUUAUGAAUCCUGUUUCAUGCAUAAUGUGUGCCAUGUUUGCUGAAACUGAAUUUAUUUUGCUAACAAAACUGACAACCUGAUUAAAUUAUUGAAUGGCACUCUUGA